AAAUAGAAAGGCAUAAGAACUGUGUCUUGCGUCUCUGUGUCUUCACACAGAUACACACCAGAAACAGAGAUGGGGCUGCAGUGCUGUUUUGGUGGAACUACGAUUCAAACCCUAAAACUCGCGUCAAUUCCAUACAUGACGUGUUCAACAUCAUCGUCACUGCGAUCCUCCGCCGCCAUUUCAAGACGUUUAACUCUCUUCAAAACCCUAUCUGCAUCUCUCUCACGCAACUCGACACACCGGUUUCCGUUCCUCAUCAGAGCACUAUCCUCAGCGGCGGCUUCUGCACAACCGGUUGCUGAUUCCACUACCAUUGCUUCGGUGGAUUACUCAGUUGUGAAACCUCAGUGGAAAGCAGCAAUUGAUUUCAAGUCUAUUCUCGAGAAUAAAUCGGCAGUAGCAGCAAACCUCAAGAACAGGAAUUCCACAGCUAACCUGGAAUUAGUCAUUGAGCUUUACGAGAAGUUACUGCAACUUCAAAAGGAAGUUGAAGAGCUCCGAUAUGAAAGAAAUGCAGUUGCAAACAAGAUGAAAGGAAAAGUGGAACCAUUAGAGCGUCAAAGACUCAUAGAAGAAGGAAAGAAUUUGAAGGAAAAACUGUUUACACUGGAAGAAGAUCUUAUCAAACUUACAGAUUCUCUUCAAAGGGAAGCACAAUGUAUUCCAAAUAUGACACAUCCAGAUGUCCCAAUUGGAGGGGAAGAUAGUUCAAUAAUUAGGAAAACUAUUGGUGUACCUCGUGAAUUCACCUUUCCUAUCAAGGACCAUGUACAACUUGGGAAAGAGCUCGAUCUUUUUGAUUUUGAUGCUGCUGCAGAGGUUAGUGGAUCAAAGUUCUAUUACCUAAAAAACGAAGCAGUUUUAUUAGAAAUGGGUCUUAUAAAUUGGACUCUUUCAGAAGUGAUGAAAAGGGGUUUUACUCCUCUUACAACCCCAGAAAUUGCAAGAUCCUUAGUGGUUGAAAAAUGUGGCUUCCAACCUCGUGGAGAUAACACUCAGGUUUAUUCCAUUGAAGGCAGUGAUCAAUGUCUUAUUGGGACUGCAGAAAUCCCUGUUGGAGGAAUACACAUGGACUCCAUUCUUGCUGACUCAGCAUUACCUUUAAAGUAUGUUGCCUUUUCCCAUUGCUUUCGUACAGAAGCAGGUGCAGCUGGAGCAGCUACUAGGGGUCUAUACAGAGUGCACCAAUUUAGCAAAGUUGAGAUGUUCAUAUUAUGCAGACCUGAAGAAAGCAACACCUACCACCAGGAGCUAAUUGAAAUUGAAGAGGAUCUUUUUUCAAAAUUAGGGCUUCAUUUCAAAACAUUGGAUAUGGGAACCGCGGACUUAGGUGCUCCUGCUUACCGUAAGUUUGAUAUUGAAGCCUGGAUGCCAGGUUUAGAUCGAUAUGGCGAGAUAUCGAGCGCAUCGAAUUGUACAGACUACCAAAGCCGAAGAUUAGGUAUCCGAUUCCGUCCGGAAAAUCCAACAAACUCUGGAAUUACAAAAAAAGGAAAAGGCCGGAAUCUGACACCACCGGAAUUCGUUCACACACUAAAUGCAACUGCGUGUGCGGUCCCACGUAUGAUCGUGUGUUUGCUUGAGAACUACCAACAAGAAGAUGGAACCGUUGUUGUUCCGGAACCAUUAAGGCCUUUCAUGGGUGGGAUUAAAUUAAUAACCCAUAAAUCAAAAUAAAAAAUAAAAAGUUAAAAACAAAGGUUAUGUAUUAUUUUCCAAUUUUUGGUUGAUUAUUCUACUUGUUUUUUGGUUAGGGUGGAUGAAGAUGACAUUAGUAGACUUGCUAUAUUAUUUGCAUUUAUGGGUUGUUGAAUUCUUAAAUCUAUAGAAACUAGUAUUCACAUGUAACACUAACUUUUAAUACCUAGC